AUGCAGGACUCCGAGCGAAAACUGUCGCUGGACGUAACCGGUGCCGAAGACGUCCCGCCUGUGGCCAAGCCGGAGAAGACCCCCAAACAGAGGCUUCUUCAUUGGGUGUGUGGCAAGCUUCCGGAAGCCGUGACAGUGACGAACUUCACCAGCGACUGGAACGACGGCCGGGCUUUGGGUGGCUUGGUAAAUUCUAUCUCCCCUGAGUCUCUGGAAGAUUGGCGCGAUUGGGACUCUGCACACGCCCUGCAAAAUACUACGAAGGCCAUGUCAGCGGCCACUGAAGAUCUUGGCGUGGCGCCGUUGCUGACCCCGGAAGAGCUUUCGAAUCCAAACGUUGACGAGAAGUCGGUGAUGACGUAUCUUGCGCAGUUUGCCAAGGCCACUCCACCACUCAGCAAAGCUGCGCAGCGGCUUCUUAUUUGGAUCAACACCCAGCUCGGCGGUGGAUUCACAAUCGAAAACUUUUCGACUGAUUGGAAAAAUGGAUUGGCUUUGGCUGCCUUGGUCAAUUCAAUCGAUUCCGACCUUCUGACGGAUUGGCGCAGUUGGUCAGCUACAGAGGAAUUGGAGAACACGAGGAAAGCUCUGUUGGCAGCGUCUGAAAGUCUCGGUGUGGCCUCGUCGCUGCGCGCAGAAGACAUUGUCAACUCCACCCUUGACGUGAACAUUGUGGUCACCUACCUGACGCAAUUCCAACAGGUCGCUUUGUCGAUGGAAGAAAGGAACAAUAAGCUUUUGGAUUGGGUUCGUAGCCGGCUUCCGGAGGGCUUCAAAGUCAAUAACUUUUCUACUGAUUGGAACGAUGGGGUGGCUUUAGCUGCUUUGAUCAAUUCAAUUUCGCCCGACUCGCUGAAAGAUUGGCGCAGUUGGUCGUCUACCAAUGCAUUGGAGAACAUUCGAAAAGCUAUGGCUGCUGCUUCUGACCUCGGUGUCACGACAGUGCUUGCCCCAGAAGAGCUUGCAAAUCCGACCGUCAACGAGAAGUCUGUGAUGACGUAUCUUGCGCAGUUUGCCAAGGUCACUCCGCCGCUCAGCAAAGAUGCUCAAGAGCUUUUGGUUUGGAUCAAUGCCCAGCUCCCCGGUCUCAAAAUCGCUAACUUCUCCACGGAUUGGAAAAAUGGAUUGGCUUUGGCUGCCUUGGUCAAUUCAAUUGAUUCCAACCUUCUGAAGGAUUGGCGCAGUUGGUCAGCUACAGAGGAAUUGGAGAACACGAAAAAAGCUCUGUUGGCGGCUUCUGAAGAUCUCGAUGUGGCCUCGUCGCUGCGCGCUGAGGACUUUGUCAACUCUACUCUUGACAUGAACACUGUGUUUGCUUACCUUACGCAAUUCCAACAGGUCUCUCCACGAAUGAAACAAAGCAAGCAGAAGCUUUUGGUUUGGAUUCGUAGCCUGCUUCCGGAAGGCAUCGAAGUCAAUAACUUUUCUACCGAUUGGAACGAUGGGUUGGCUCUAGCGGCUUUGAUCAAUUCAAUUUCACCCGACUCGCUGAAAGAUUGGCGCAGUUGGUCGUCUGCCGAUGCCCUGGAAAACAUGCGUAAAGCUAUGGCGGCCGCCUCUGACCUCGGCGUCACGACAGUGCUCACCCCGGAAGCGCUUGUGAAUCCGAACGUUGACGCGAAGUCUGUGCUGACGUAUCUUUCACAAUUUGAAAAGGUCGCUCCACCGCCCAGCAAAACCGCUGAUGUCACUGUCUCGGGCCCGGGUCUCCGCUGCGCGCAAUCCGGUGCUCCUGCCACUUUUUCCGUCUACACGAAGGGGUUUGCGGAAAGCGAAUUAUCUGUUGUCAUCGAGGGUCCAAAUGAUGUUGAGGUUCACUCGUCAACUCCAUUUUCCAUCGCAACUGACGAGCUCGGCAUCGCAUCGGUCACUUGGACGCCAUCUGGAUCCGGUCUGUACAAAAUCUACAUCAAGCUGGGCGGAGAGGAGUUGCCGGACUCGCCUUAUGCCGUUGAUGUGGCUGGGGCCGGUGGGGAGACCCAUCAUGCUCCCACAAAAGCAGAGCACGCGGCGGCAAAACCGGAUACGAUCUCGAAGCAGGGGCUGCUUCAUUGGGUGUGUGGCAAGCUUCCGGAAGGCGUUACGGUGACGAACUUCACAAGCGACUGGAACGACGGCCGGGCUUUGGGUGGCUUGGUAAAUUCUAUCUCCCCUGAGUCUCUGGAAGAUUGGCGCGAUUGGGACUCUGCACACGCCCUGGAAAAUACUACGAAGGCCAUGUCGGCGGCCACUGAAGAUCUUGGCGUGGCGCCGUUGCUGACCCCGGAAGAGCUUUCGAAUCCAAACGUUGACGAGAAGUCUGUGAUGACGUAUCUUGCGCAGUUUGCCAAGGUCAAUUCAAUCGAUUCCGACCUUCUGACGGAUUGGCGCAGUUGGUCAGCUACAGAGGAAUUGGAGAACACGAGGAAAGCUCUGUUGGCGGCUUCUGAAAGACUCGGUGUGGCCUCGUCGCUGCGCGCAGAAGACUUUGUCAACUCCACCGUUAAUGUGAACCUGUUAGUCACUUACCUGACGCAGUUGCAAAAGGUCUCUUACCCGAUGAAAGACAGCACCCAGAAGCUUCUGCAUUGGAUCCAGGGCCAGCUUCCGGAAGGCAUCAAAGUCAACAAUCUUUCCGAGGACUGGAGCGAUGGAUUGGCUCUAGCGGCUUUGAUCAAUUCAAUUUCACCCGACUCGCUGAAAGAUUGGCGCAGCUGGUCGCCUACCGAUGCCCUGGAGAACAUUCGAAAAGCUAUGACAGCUGCGUCUGAGAUCGGUGUGACGACAUUGCUAACCCCAGAAGAGCUAGCAAAUGGCAGUGCUGAUCCGAAUGUCUUGGUGACCUACCUCGUGCAAUUCGCUAAGGGUACAUCCGUCUAUGUUUUCUUCACGUCAACUUCCCGUGCCGUCGCCUCAGGACCGGGUCUAAGUUCCGCGGGAUCGGGUGCUCCAGCCACUUUUUAUGUCUAUACCAAGGGAUGUGAGGACAGCGAAUUGUCAGUCGUCAUCCAAGGUCCAACGGAAGCCCCAAUUUCCAUCGAAACCGAUGAAGGCAUCUCGUCGAUCAGAUGGACACCCUCUGGACCCGGUCUGUACAAAAUCUUCAUCAAACUGGGCGGGGAAGAAUUGCCGGGCUCGCCUUAUGCCGUUGAUGUGGCUGAGACUCGUCAAAAGACGCAUUAUACAGCCAGGAGGGCGGAGUUCGCGAUUGAUAUCUCGUCACACUCUGGAGAGACAGGCACUUUGACCGCUACAUGCACAUCUCCUUCGGGUCACGUCGAACCUUUGGAAGUCGAGACUGUUGGAGAAGGACUACUAGCUGUUACUUUCGUUCCUCGCGAGUGUGGCGUGCAUUGGGUCAAUAUCUAUCGCGAUGGCAUUCCGAUCGCGAAUAACCCCCACGAAGUCUUGGUGGAGAACAUCAAUGCUGAUGCGACGAAAGUCCAAGUGAAUGACAACUAUAAGAAGCAAAUUCGUGUCCAUGAAGAGAACGAGAUCCUUGUCAACACAUCAGACGCAGGAACUGGCAGCCUGGGCGUUUCGAUCCAAGGCCCUUCAAAGGCGGACCUCGUAUGCCGUGAGGUGGAACGCGGUCUCAUCGCGAUUCGAUAUCAAGUUGAAGAACCGGGCAUCUACAUGGUCUUCCUCAAGUUCGGCGACGAGCCCGUGAAAGGAAGUCCUAUCUCGAUCGAAUGUACCGCGUCAGAGGGAACUAACGCCUCUGCCGAAACGCUGGAAAGCGAACAGUUUGAUGAUGAGGCGCCCGUGCAAGGGUUCGAAGUGCCGUUUAAUAAUGGAGAUGUCACCAAAGUUCGCGCUCACGGCCCGGGCCUCCACAGAUUCACCGCCGGAAAGUCUGCAUCAUUCAACAUCGACACUGGAUCGGCUGGACCCAACCUAAUCACGGUCGGUAUCAUCACUUCCAAGGGCUUUUGCGAGCUGGUCGCCGUCAAGCAUUUGGGCAACGGCCGUUUUGAUGUCAACUACACGAUUAAUGAGAAGGUGCGUGGCCUGAUCUAUGUCCGGUACGGCGACUGCGAAAUUACCGGCUCGCCGUUCCCGAUCGACUCGAAC